CUCUCUCUCCCGCUCCACACUCACAAUGACUGACGCAUACAGCAGUGCUCCGUACUCAAAUCUAAACUGCAAACCCUGCAAACCCUAAUUUGUUCAAUCAAUCUCUCUUCGAUUCCUCCAUUUCCGAUGGCCUGCAGUGUCCCCGAGGAUCCGCCCUGCAACUCCGAGACCGAAGCCGAGACCAUAGCCCUCAGAAUCAAGCAGAAGCGCUCUCGGCGCGUGAGCUUCGCCGACACCGAGAUCACCUCCGUUCACAUCUUCAACCGCGACGAGGAUUACGACACCCCUCCCGACCCUAAGCCCCAAGCCAGCUGUCAAAACGAAUCCGCUGGUCCCGAGAACGAGGUCGUAGGGUUUUUUAGGGACUUGGGCGGUGACAGCGACGAUUUCAAGGACUCCGAUGACGAUGAUGAAGACGACGAUGGGAGGAAGUCAUUUUUUAGGCCAAUUGGGUCGCCCUCACCUGGGAGUAGUGUUCCAGGCUCUGCUACCUCCAAUGACGAAGACAAUUUCUUUGGCCCUGUUUCAGCCAAUUUCAUUAGACCAGGACGGUUAUCUGAUUCCGCAGCCUCGGAUGACAUUCAUGAAGCUACAUUGGAUACUACAGCAUUUUCAAUGCAUUACCGUAGCCUUGCAAGGUCAGACACUGGAGGAGAUCUCAAGACCCCAACUGCAGUUCGCCUUGCCUUUGAAGAGAAGACGCCAACCCAUAAUACCAACCCAACUGAUUCUGGAAGCCUCAUGUCCCUAACAAAACCAAAGAUGCUUAGUCCUCAGUCUUUAGCGUCUGUUGAUAAGGUCAGAAGUGGUGAAGAUUCGAAUGACAUGAGUAUUAUAGAAGAAAACCCUCAUAAGUAUGAUUAUGGAAGACUGUCUCCCACACUAGAUGCAAUUUUGGCAGAAGGCAGCAAGGAUCUGCAUGCUGACUCUGUUAGUGCCCUUGCCAAUUCAAUGCCAUCAAAGGGGGUUGAGGUUUCUGCGUUAGAAGAAAAUGGGAUUGGCCACAUGGAUCCAAGAAAUGGUAGAAUUACCGAACUGGGCAAUUUUGGCACUCAUGAUAUGCCCGCUGAGGCAGAUUCUGUUUCUUGUAUCAAGUUGAAUAUGGGAAAUGAUGGUGACAUCUCAUCUAAAAGAAGUCAUUAUCCAUCUGUUGGUGACUCCGUUGAUGGCCAAGUCCAGAUCCCAAAUCAGUUAAGCAAAGUGAAUAAGGAAUCUUCUGAAGAUGCAUUUCCAAAGGGUAUGGAAAAAUUGGAGUUAGCUGCUGUUAAUGGCAAUGCCCUACUAAAUACCAAUAGCAAAGCACAUCAGUUUGGUGUGUUUGCCCAGAAUGAACCUGCUUAUCAACAGUCAAGUCAACCCUCGGUACAGGAACAUUCUUCUAAUGUGAACAUAUACAAGUUUAAUAGUGAUCAGCAUUCUGAACAACAAUAUGGAUCACCAAUCGAGGGGUCCAUGUUCUUGUUAUCUGGUAGACGGCAACAAUCGGUUUUGAGUACUCCUAAUUUAGCAAGAGAUUCAGGGAUGGUGACUCCUUCCUCAAAACAACCAGGUUCUCUACUAAAUAAGGAACACACAAAACAUGAUGAGUGGGUUUCAUCAAUUCAGAAAAACAUUUCCAGGUUCACGAUUCCUGAGCCUUCUCCCUGUGCUUCUAGUCUCAAAGAGGGAAUUGCCAAAUUAAAAUGUAGAUUAUUGAGUUACUCAUCCGUGAAUUCUCCCUUAAAAAAACCUGUUCUGGCUGAUGUUAGCGAAGAUCUCGAGUGCAAAUUUUCCAAUUCUCCUACUACUUGUUUAGAGAAGGAAUUAGCUAUACCUGAUCUGAACAGUGGACAUAAAUUUUUGUUUAACAUAGAUAGCAAUGGAAAUGAGAACCCAGUAGAUAUCAGUAAGUUGGGGCAGGGUAAAGAGACCACAGACCUUGCUAAAGAUGAAGAGUCUCUGCAUAACAUGCUCAGCUAUGAGCGAGAAGAUAAUGUUCCCCAUCUGCAAAUUGAAUCUGAAAAGAAAUUCCAAUCCCCUUCAAGGGGUGCAGUCAUUCUCAAAAGCCCAGAUAAAAAAUUUCAAGCUGGACCUGAAACACCACAUUUUAAACCAUAUGUUUGCAGAAGUAUUAGUCAACCAUCCCUUCAGAGCCCUUCGAGUAAAGAGUCAGCCCAGAACUCCUCCAUGAAGGGGACAACUCAGAGUCCACCCCGGGAAAAUCCAAUUCGAAGUCCUUCCUGGAGAAAGGCAAUUCAGAGGGCCUCCAUGAAAGAGCCAAGUCAGAGUCUCUGCAGGCAAGAACCAACUCAGAGUCCUUCCAGGAAAGAGCUUACUCAGAGUCCUAGAAGAGAACCAAUUCGUAGUCCCUUUGUGAAAGAGCCAAUUCAAAGUCCCAUCUUGAGAGAGGCAAUUCGAAGUUCCAUUGCAAGAGAGCCAAUUGGUAGUCCUGCCAUGAAAGAGCCAACUCAAAGUCCCUCAAGAAAAGAGCCAUCUCAGAGUCCCUCAAGAAAAGAGCCAACCUGGAGUCCCUCAAGAAAAGAGCCAACUUGGAGUCCCUCAAGAAAAGAGCCAACACAGAGCCCCUUCAGGCUGGUUUCAUCUUAUGCGGUAGACAUUGAGAAUAUGCAACGCUUUGUUGGGAAAGACCUAGUAUCUCAUGGCUCAAAUUCAAAUGGGCAUGAUGAUUGUUAUAGGGGAGUACAUAUUUCGCAAAGUCCAUUUUCUGAACAAGAUGCAGAGAAUUCUGUUGGACGGAAACGAAAAAACCUAGAAAUAAUUCUUGAUGAUGGAGACUCUAUAUAUAAGAACCCCAGAAUCCAGAGUCCGAAAGUUCACAGAAGUGAGAACUAUGAUCCAGAGUUCAUGUUGGGUCAGUCAAAUAUAGAUCACAAUGACAGAGAGAAGUUUGGGGCAGAUACAACAUGGAAGUGCUGGACUGAUAUUUUAGUAAAAUUCUCCGGAGAUACAGAGCAACUUCUUUCUCCAUUGACAAGCAAACUAAGUUUAAGAGCAAUUGGUGUGCUUGAAGAUAUGUUGGUUCAGCUACUGAAGGCUAACAAAUAUGAGGCACUUUGUUCUAAAGUCCAGUCUCAGAAGGUCGACUACAUCAGUGUUGGACAUAAAAGGGCAGCUGAAGCAAGAUUACUGCUUUCUAAAUUAGUGUAUGAAAAGGCAAAGUUGCAGUUAAUGCAUGUGAAGCGCGAUAAGUUACAGAGUAGAGUGCAGCUCUUAAGCUCUGCAGUUCAGAAGUGUCAAAUGCUGAAGUUGAGUUACACCCAGUGUCAGUCUAAACCUGGUAAACAGGAGACUCAUGUUGAUGGUAGUCAUCGUCAAUCCUCUUUAGUUAGUUCUGAGGGUGAACAAGAGGGCUCCUGUAAUAAUGUGAGCACAAUGAGGCGAGAAGUUAAAGCUUUAGAUAGACAAAUAAAAAGCUUAAUCAAUUUCUUUCACACCCAUAUCAAGUUGAAAGGAGAACCAAGUUGUGCCGAUACUAUUGCUUUAGUUAAUCAUCAUCUCGAGACAAGAACGUGUUGCAGGUUUAUACAUCAGGAUUUGCAGCUAUGGAAUGUUGAUCAUUUUGAGGUUAAGAAUGGCCAUUACAACAUUCAUCUCAGCUAUCAUGGUUACAUCAACCAAAGGUUUAUGGGUACAAUGGGUCCAGCAUCAAACAUAGUCCUCUCAAACAAAUUGAAUGAUGUAAAAAUCAGAAAGAACUUCCCAAACAUGGAUGCUCAAGUUGCAUUUGCUUUUGUACUAAAUUCUGAGGCCACCAAGAAAAGUGUUGAUUCGAGAUAUUUGGCACAAGAAACACAAGUAACCCGUUCAUUGCUAUGUAAUUUGCUAGAUGUGGUUGAGGAAGUGGACCUGGCACGAUCUGAGAUUUAUAAUUUGAUCCAGACAAGUUUUCAAACUCCAUCCGCUGAGCAGCUUGAUAUGCAGCUUUGUUUCCUUAACUGUAAGAGCGGUAGAAAGGUGACACUGACUCUUGACAUGACAUGUUUGAAUAGUGGGAUUUAUCCUUCAGAGAUCCUUCUGCAUCAGAUACAGCCUUCCAUAUCUGCAGCAGAAGUGGUGCUUCCACAGCCACUUUUAGCUGAAAUAAGAGCUGUAGCUGAGAGCCUUGAAUCUGGACAUAUGAGGAUAAUAAGGCUCUGUAAGUGUAUUUCCCAAGUGGUGGAACUUCACACGGACGAUAAUUCCCGAUAGAGGUCAAAGGUGGCACCAACACAUCGCUGGAUUUUUUGCAUGCCUGGACUAUGAUUUGUUUGUUCUCUCUUUAGAUAUUAUGUUGAGGUGACCCUGUAUAUUUUAGCUGAAGAUAGUUUCCAUUACUUUUAUUAUCCACAGAAGCAUAAGAGGCUUUCACGUUU